CAAGACCAAAGUAUUUUGCUGAUAAAUUUAUUGGAAAAAUCGACUCAGAAUGUCUGGGAGCUUUUCCGCCAUUCGAUAAGAUAUGGAAGUGGCAGCCACGAACCACUCAUCUAUCCAUUCAGUGCACCGAGAACCUUUACCAUGGCGAGACUAGGAGUAAUGACGUUUGCCCUGCCGCUGCUGCUGCUGCUGCUGGCCACCCACUUUGCCCGGACGGAGAUUAUUGAUGCGGAUGAGGCGGACCGCUUCUGCUACCCGGAGUCCUCCAAGAACUCCCGUCGCUCCUGCGAGUGCAGCAAUGUGAGCGCCUCCCCGUGGGGAAUGCGUGCCCUGCGCAUCGACUGCAGUUACAAGGACUACAGGGUCUCGGAUCUCUCCGUGGUUCUGCCCUUGUACAUCGAUACUUUGGACCUUUCUUGGAAUGCGCUAGACUCGGUUCCGAUCUUCUCUAGCGACAGCCUGCAUCAACUUAACCUGAGGCACAACAACGUCUCGCAGCUGGUGGCUGGCAACUUCAAGCAACUGACCAGUCUGCGGGAGCUUUACCUGGGCUGGAACAGCAUUGGCCAGCUGGAGGCUUCCACCUUCGAGGGAUUGCCCCACCUGCAAGUGCUUGACCUGGCCCACAACAAUCUGCACUCGGUGCCCAGCCAGCUGUUUGCCCCGCUCCUGAUUCUGGGAACCCUUGAUAUCUCGUGGAACCGCCGAUUCAACGAGUCCAGCACGGAUCUGUACACCGAACUUGGACUCAACUGGAAGCUGGACACUUUGAGGCUGGAUGCCUGCAGCCUAAGUGAGAUUCACCUGCCUGUAAAUGCUCCUCUGAAGGAGCUGUCCCUCCGCCGGAACCAGCUGAAGCGGAUUCCCAGCCAACUGCCGGAGACCCUCCUUCGUUUGGACAUCAGCGACAAUCUGCUGGAGGAGCUCUUGCCGGAAGACACGGCCAACCUUACCCAGGUGCGGCAGCUGUUCAUUGAGGACAUGCCGGUGCUCCAGAGAGUGUUGGCCAAUGCCUUGGCCCCCGUCGAUCUGCUCGAGACGUUGAGUUUCCAGAACAGCCGUCAACUGACCCAUCUGGACCCGGAGGCCUUUGGACCCAUCUCUCCCUCCACUAAAAAGAGAGCCCUGCGCUCUCUGAGCUUUCGUGGCACUAUGCUGCGCUCCUUUAAUUCCACGCUGGCGCCGCUUUUUACUCAGCUUGCCGAGCUGGAUCUCAACGGUCUGCCGCUGCAGUGUGACUGCGAGCUGGUCUGGCUGAAGCAGCUGCCGAUCCAAACCAAUGGUCGUUGCUACAAGCCAACCCGCAUCCGCGGCAUGCUUGUGACCUCUGCUCGGGGAGACGCCUUCAGCUGCGACACAUGGCCGAGAUGGGCCUACGGCAUGGUGGUGCUCACCCUGAUCGCACUUAGCGCCGUGGGUAUCUACCUCAUCGUCAUGGGACUUAGGCCGCACCGUGGAGUCACCAUGCGCCGCAAGGUGGGAGCCGGCAGUCCUUACGCCCGAGUCACCAUCGAGCCCAAUCGCCAGGAGAAUCCCCACUAGAAAUCGCCCAACAACCUAGCGCUUAAGUUCUUGUUACUAACGUUAUUAAUCCAACAUUUUAAAGCUGAUUUGUGGAGAAUAAAACCAAAAGCUUUUAGAGGUA